GCGAGGGUGGGCCGGCCCCGCCGUAGCGAGCGGCGUUCCUUUCCCAUCGCCGCUUUUUCUCCGCAGGAAGUCGAUCCCCUUCGCCGCCAAGAUGCCGCGGAUUAUGAUUAAAGGCGGUGUGUGGCGGAACACCGAGGAUGAAAUUCUGAAAGCAGCUGUGAUGAAAUAUGGCAAAAACCAGUGGUCUCGUAUUGCUUCCUUACUGCAUCGGAAAUCAGCAAAGCAGUGCAAAGCCAGAUGGUACGAAUGGUUAGAUCCAAGCAUCAAAAAGACAGAGUGGUCACGAGAAGAAGAAGAGAAGCUGUUGCACCUGGCCAAGCUAAUGCCAACCCAGUGGAGAACCAUCGCCCCGAUCAUUGGGAGAACAGCUGCACAGUGUUUGGAGCACUAUGAGUUUCUUCUGGACAAAGCUGCUCAGAGAGACAAUGAGGAAGAAACUGCUGAUGAUCCUCGGAAACUUAAACCUGGUGAAAUUGAUCCAAAUCCAGAAACCAAACCAGCCAGGCCAGAUCCUAUUGAUAUGGAUGAAGAUGAACUUGAAAUGCUGUCUGAAGCUAGAGCUCGUCUGGCUAAUACACAGGGAAAAAAGGCUAAAAGAAAAGCAAGAGAGAAGCAGCUGGAAGAAGCUAGACGGCUUGCUGCCCUCCAGAAAAGACGAGAACUUCGAGCUGCUGGGAUUGAGAUACAGAAAAAAAGGAAAAAGAAAAGAGGUGUGGAUUACAAUGCAGAAAUCCCGUUUGAAAAGAAGCCUGCGCCUGGUUUUUAUGAUACAUCAGAGGAAAACUACCAGAUUCUGGAUGCAGAUUUCAGAAAGCUACGUCAGCAGGACCUGGAUGGAGAAUUAAGAUCUGAAAGGGAGGGGAGAGAGCGCAAAAAGGACAAACAACACAUGAAACGAAAGAAAGAAUCAGACUUGCCUUCAGCUAUUCUGCAGACCAGCGGGGUGUCAGAGUUUACAAAAAAAAGAAGUAAACUAGUGCUUCCAGCACCUCAGAUAUCUGAUAUAGAGCUUGAAGAAGUUGUUAAAGUAGGCCAGGCAAGUGAGAUUGCACGCCAGACUGCUGAGGAAUCUGGAAUUACAAACUCAGCCUCCAGCACUCUUCUGUCUGAAUAUAGUGUGACCAACAACAGCAUAGCUCUGAGGACCCCCAAAACUCCGGCAGCACAAGACAGGAUCCUGCAGGAAGCACAGAAUCUUAUGGCUCUCACAAAUGUGGAUACGCCGUUGAAAGGAGGUCUUAACACCCCCCUGCAUGAAAGUGACUUCUCAGGGGUAACCCCGCAGAGGCAGGUUGUUCAGACUCCAAAUACGGUGCUUUCCACACCAUUCAGAACACCUUCCCAAGGACAAGAAGGCUUAACUCCUCGUGGAGGGCUGACUCCUAAACCUGUGGCUGGUACAACUCCUGGUAGGACUCCGCUGCGUGAUAAAUUGAACAUCAACCCAGAAGAGGGCAUGGCAGAUUACAGUGACCCAUCUUAUGCAAAACAGAUGGAGAGAGAAUCUCGUGAACACCUUCGCCUGGGGCUCAUGGCCCUUCCUGCUCCAAAGAAUGACUUUGAGAUCGUUCUACCCGAAAAUGCAGAGAAAGAACUUGAGGAACCUGAAGUAGAUGAAGCCUUUGUAGAAGAUACUGCUGAUAUAGAAGCCCGCAAGCAGGCUCUCCGAGAUGCAGAGAGAGCCAAGGAGCUGAAGAGAAUGCACAAAGCUGUUCAGAAAAAUCUACCAAGACCCUCAGAAGUUAAUGAAACAGUAUUGAGACCUGUGAAUGUAGAGCCACCUCUAACAGAUUUGCAGAGAAGUGAAGAGCUAAUAAAGAAAGAGAUGAUUACAAUGCUUCAUUUUGACCUUUUACACCACCCGUUUGGAGAACAGCCUGCUGGUAAGAAGGGGAAAGGCCCAGGAUUUGGAACCAACAAUGCAGAACAUAUGGCUUACUUGGAACAAAACCCUUAUGAGAAGUUCUCCAAAGAGGAUCUCAAGAAGGCACAGGAUCUACUGGCACAAGAAAUGGAAGUGGUGAAGCAAGGAAUGGGGCAUGGAGAGCUCUCAAGUGAGGCUUAUAACCAGGUGUGGGAAGAAUGUUACAGCCAAGUGUUGUAUCUGCCUGGACAGAGUCGCUACACAAGAGCUAACUUGGCCAGCAAAAAAGACAGGAUAGAGUCACUUGAAAAGAGGCUUGAGGUGGCAGAAUUUCAGAAUUACCACUGGGUUGUGGCUUUAGAGAGCUUGAACUCAUCUGGGGAAACCAAGACUUCUGAAUCAGGAUGCACCAGCUUGCCGUUAGCAGACAGUACAGGAAGGAGAGUUUCACUUUCACCAUACCAAUUGCUUUCUGGUUUUGAUACUGCAUUUUAAUCUCAUCACGUUGUCACAUCUGUUGUGUAUGGUAUUGGACUGUAAAUUGUGGGGUUUUGCUUCUGGCUUUUGCCACUCACCUGAGGCAGCUGAUUCAUUGUGCUAUCUUAGUGCCUGCUAGCUGAAGAUAAUCUUACGUUCUCACUUUGAGAUCCAUGAGGGAAAAGCCCUGUGCAAAAAGCAGUGUUACUUGAGAGGCCACUGAGGAGUUAGCAAGCUUAUAAUACGGCACAGAAAGGAAUAAUACUGCAACACUAGAGUGCUGCAGUAAAUCUGAAUGAGAGAUCUGAUAGAUAGGUGAGGUCACUUCAUUUUAAGCCAAAGCCAGCUUCACCUCUGCAGUCUCAUACCCACGCGCUCACAGAUUGAAACAUGUGGCUGUUUUUGUAGAUAAAUAAUAUAAUCUUAAAAAAAAAAAACAACACAUUCCUUCAUCUGAUUUUCCUUUGCUGAGGCACAGAACAUCGGUGUGACUGAGGGGUGGCACAGCAAGCUGUCGUAUACAUGUCUUGACUGCCUAUUUGACAACAGCAGCAAUUCCUAUCUGUAAAGCUAUACUCCUAACGUGUAAUCACUCCUUCAAAGCCUGCUUGCACUGCUCAGAUCUUAAUCUAGCAAUCUCUUCUAGGUUGUUGUAAAAUGUGCAGUGGAUGAUGUGUUAAUAGAAAUCAAAGAACUCCAACUCCAUGCUGUGCAGCAGAUUUUGACUUCUUUUUUUUUAACUUCUGGAUAAUUAAAACAAUUCCUGAUUUCAUU